AUGGAGAAGAUGGGAAAGACAGAUAGCAAUUCCCAGCAUGUAGAAGGCGCCCCGAGCCCUAGUGCCAUGGAGUCGGGCAAGACGGAGGCUUUCUAUGUCGAGGAUCGAGUGGCCCAUCUCUCUGAGGAACAUCGCCAGUAUCUAUUGGCGCGUCAUGGUACCCUUGAUCUGGACCCGAUUCCUGAUAUGAACGAUGCCGAUCCGUACAAUUGGCCCCGUUGGAGAAAAAACCUCAACCUGGGUCUCGUCGUGUUCCACGCGAUGAUCGGUCUGUUUACGGCGUCGUCGAUUCAAUCCGCCUUUACCAACAUCUCGGCCGAUCUGGGGGUCAGCAUGCAGCGUACCAGUUACCUGGUGUCGCUGUUCAUCGCAGUGCUGGGUGGUGCACCUCUCUUCUGGCGUCCGCUGAGCAACCGCUUCGGUCGUCGUCCGAUCUUCCUGAUCUCGCUGUUCUGUGCUAUGAUUGGAAAUAUUGGUUGUGCGAACAGUCACUCGUACGCCACAAUGGGUCUGUGCCGUGCUAUCACGGCUUUCUUCAUCAGUCCCGCAGCUGCUAUCGGAAGUGCCGUUGUCGCCGAGACCUUCUUUAAGCAGGAUCGUGCGCGCUGCAUGGGUGUCUGGACUCUCAUGGUGACCAUCGGUGUUCCCGUUGCUCCCUUCUUGUUUGGCUUCUUGGCUCUGCGCGUCUCCUACCGCUGGAUCUACUGGGUUCUCACCAUUAUCAACGGUGUCCAAUUCAUCAUCUACUUCUUCUUCGGCUCCGAGUCCCUCUACAUCCGCGAAGAGGGUGCGCCUAAGCAGGUGACCACCGAGAAGAGCAGUCUCCUCCAGUUCCGCCGUAUCGAUCCUACACCUUUGCGGUUCUGGGACUUCAUCCAGCCCUUGAGCUACUUCUCCAAACCCCGCGUCCUCAUCCCCGCCGCCGCAUAUGCCAUGAUCUUCCUCUGGGGUAGCAUCAUGCUCACCAUUGAGAUCCCCCAGAUCAUGCCCGAGCAGUUCGGCUUCAACACCCAGGAGGUCGGUCUUCAGUUUCUGGGAGUCAUCUUGGGUUCCGUGAUUGGUGAACAGAUCGGUGGUCUGAUUUCCGAUCGCUGGAUGCUCAUGCGCCAGAAAUCCAGUGGCGAGCGACCGCCCAACGAGUACCGUCUGUGGCUAAGCUACAUCGGUCAUGCUCUGACCAUCUGCGGUGUGGUUGUGUUCUGCGUCCAGAUGGGCAAGGCUGGAGACAAGUGGAACAUCACUCCCAUUGUGGGUGCUGCUAUUGCUGCUGCUGGUAACCAGAUCGUCACCACGAUCAACAUUACCUACGCCGUUGACUGCUACCGGGCCGAUGCGGCCAGCGUUGGUGUGUUUAUCACUUUUGUGCGACAGACCUGGGGUUUCAUUGGACCUUUCUGGUUCCCUAACAUGUAUGUCAACCUUGGCUGGAACACCGGAGCCGGCAUUGCCGUUGCAUUAAUGGUAGGUGUGAGUGUCAUCCCCACGAUGCUGCUUCAAUGGCGCGGUGCUUCAUGGCAUUAA